CUGCUAGGGCUCGGAGGGAUGGGCCGUGUCCGAGCGCGGGCGGAGCACGGGCAGCCGCGGCGCGCGCCGGCCCCCGUGCACACGUGCGUGCAGUGAGCCAGGUGUCCGCGCUGCACCCGCCCUCGGGCUUCGCGCGCCCCCGCCGGAGCCCAGCUAGCCUCGCGGCUCCGGGGCCGACCGGGUCGGAACUGCCGCGUCCCGUUUCCGGACACAGAGAACGCGCGGGGCGCCGGCGCCGCCGGUUAAAGUGCCGCGGGGCAGGGGCCGGGCCGCGGCCACCCGCUCCUCCCGCUCCGACCCCGACUGUCGGGCCUUCGGCCGAGUCGCCCCGGGUGAGUAGCCGCGGACGCGCCCCGACCACCCCGCAGCAGCGUCGCCCGGCCGGAAGCCCGGAGAGGCUUGGGGGUCGGAGGUUUGGGGCCGGGCUGGAGGCCGAGACCCGGGCCCGCUUUACACAAUCGCCCCGCCCCGCGAAGCGAAACGGUUGGAACGCGGACUGCCGAAACGCACUGACUCCUUUGAGGGAGCGAGUUCUUUCAGCUACGAGGUGUUAGAGCGGUAGGAGUGCCCGCUUCCCGACCCCAGGCUUUCUGACAAUCACAAAGAGUGCGUAGGCCAGCCCCGGUCACAGAGUGCACCGUAUCCUGUCACUUCUGGAUGUGAGGCUGGAGUAUAGUGGCAAGAUCAUAGCUCAUGUAACCUUGAACUCCUGGGCUCAAGCAAUCCUCCCACCUCAGACUUCUAAGGAGCUGGGACUACAGGGAGAAGUGAGUCAUCUCAUUCCCCUCCGUGGAUCAGAGGACUUCGACUAGAUAGAAGCAUGUGGUGUCUCCUACGAGGCCUGGGCCGGCCUGGAACCCUGGCACGGGGAGCCCUGGGGCAGCAGCAACCCCUGGGUGCCCGGGCCCUGGCCAGCGCGGGCUCUGAGAGCCGGGACGAGUACAGCUACGUGGUGGUGGGCGCGGGUUCGGCGGGCUGCGUUCUGGCCGGGAGGCUCACGGAGGACCCCACCGAGCGCGUGCUGCUGCUGGAGGCCGGGCCCAAGGACGUGCGCGCGGGGAGCAAACGGCUCUCCUGGAAGAUCCACAUGCCCGCGGCCCUGGUGGCCAACCUGUGCGACGACAGGUACAACUGGUGCUACCACACAGAGGUGCAGCGGGGCCUGGACGGCCGCGUGCUGUACUGGCCACGCGGCCGCGUCUGGGGCGGCUCCUCAUCCCUCAACGCCAUGGUCUACGUCCGUGGGCACGCCGAGGACUACGAGCGCUGGCAGCGCCAGGGCGCCCGCGGCUGGGACUAUGCGCACUGCCUGCCCUACUUCCGCAAGGCACAGGGCCACGAGCUGGGCGCCAGCCGGUACCGGGGUGCCGAUGGCCCGCUGCGGGUGUCCCGGGGCAAGACCAACCACCCGCUGCACCGCGCAUUCCUGGAGGCCACGCAGCAAGCCGGCUACCCGCUCACUGAGGACAUGAAUGGCUUCCAGCAGGAGGGCUUCGGCUGGAUGGACAUGACCAUCCAUGAAGGCAAACGGUGGAGCGCGGCCUGUGCCUACCUGCACCCAGCACUGAGCCGUACCAACCUCAAGGCCGAGGCCGAGACGCUUGUGAGCAGGGUGCUAUUUGAGGGCACCCGUGCAGUGGGCGUGGAGUACGUCAAGAAUGGCCAGAGCCACAGGGCUUAUGCCAGCAAGGAGGUGAUUCUGAGUGGAGGUGCCAUCAACUCUCCACAGCUGCUCAUGCUCUCCGGCAUCGGGAAUGCUGAUGACCUCAAGAAACUGGGCAUCCCUGUGGUGUGCCACCUACCUGGGGUUGGCCAGAACCUGCAAGACCACCUGGAGAUCUACAUUCAGCAGGCAUGCACCCGCCCUAUCACCCUCCAUUCAGCACAGAAGCCCCUGCGGAAGGUCUGCAUUGGUCUGGAGUGGCUCUGGAAAUUCACAGGGGAGGGAGCCACUGCCCAUCUGGAAACAGGUGGGUUCAUCCGCAGCCAGCCUGGGGUCCCCCAUCCGGACAUCCAAUUCCAUUUCCUGCCAUCCCAAGUGAUUGACCACGGGCGGGUCCCCACCCAGCAGGAGGCUUACCAGGUACACGUGGGACCCAUGCGGGGCACGAGUGUGGGCUGGCUCAAACUGAGAAGUGCCAAUCCCCAAGACCACCCUGUGAUCCAGCCCAACUACUUGUCAACAGAAACUGAUAUUGAGGAUUUCCGUCUGUGUGUGAAGCUCACCAGAGAAAUUUUUGCACAGGAAGCCCUGGCUCCGUUCCGAGGGAAAGAGCUCCAGCCGGGAAGCCACGUUCAGUCAGAUAAAGAGAUAGAUGCCUUUGUGCGGGCAAAAGCUGACAGCGCCUACCACCCCUCGUGCACCUGUAAGAUGGGCCAGCCCUCUGAUCCCACUGCUGUGGUGGAUCCGCAGACAAGGGUCCUUGGGGUGGAAAACCUCAGGGUUGUCGAUGCCUCCAUCAUGCCUAGCAUGGUCAGCGGCAACCUGAACGCCCCCACAAUCAUGAUCGCAGAGAAGGCAGCUGACAUUAUCAAGGGGCGGCCUGCACUCUGGGACAAAGAUGUCCCUGUCUACAAGCCCAGGACGCUGGCCACCCAGCGCUAAGACAGUUGCUGCUGGAGGAUGACCAGGGAAGCCCCCUGAUGAGCCAAGAGGGCCAGCACAGCCCUUGCUCCCAGGCUCCUUCCUGAAACUAUGUAGCACACUAGGACCCAGGUGGUACCCUACUCAGUGGCUGAGAAUUGGAUAGUCUUGGGAAAUGAGACAAGUACUGGGCAGUGAAUCCAGCUCCUUUUCCCCAGCCAUUCCCUGUGGGCCAUUUGGGGAAAGCCAGCAUUCAGGCUGAGAUGUUCCUCCCUGCCUCCUGCAGGGACAGAAGGGGAGGAUGGUUAACUCCUGCCGCAUCCUUUGUCUUGUGUUCACGUGGCAUUCUCUAACCCAGGGUUCCUUCCCAGGCCAUGCACAGAGGCUGGGUGCCUGCCAGACCCACGGAGGGUUCGCAAGGGAAGGGGCAUCCUCCUUCUCGAGCUGCCAGCUUCAGCUGAGGCAGUAAGUCACACAGUAGUUAGUUCAUCCUGGGCUGGCACAUAAGUCCCCAGUGUCCCUGUUCAGAGGGGAAAGUUGCCUGCUGGUAGAAAAACUGGCUUUUCCUUUCUCGCUUCCUAAUUUCACUCUCAGAGUGAGGCAGGUAACAGGAGCUCCACUGGGUCACUCUGAGAGGGUUGUGGCUCUGGUUCUUAUUAAACCAGGGCCAGGUGCAGGGCUCACACCUAUAAUCCCAGCACUUUGGGAAGAUCACUUGAGCUCAGGAGUUCAAGACCAGCCUGGGCAACAUAGUGAGACCUUGUCUCUGGAAAACAAUUAGCUGGGCAUGGUGGUGCACACCUGUAGUCCCAGCUACUUGGGAGGCUGAGGUGGGAUGGCUUGAGCCCAGGAGGUUGAGGCUCCUGUGAACCCUGAUGGCACCACUACACUCCAGCCUGGGUGACAGGGUGAGACCCUGUCUAUAAAAAAAAAAAAAAAACCUGAGAUUUUUUGGACCUUAUUCAAGGGGAGAGGAGUCUGGAGGGAAUGCCACUUGGCUUCACUACCAAAGGUUUUAUGACUUAGCAUUUUAAAAGGUUUUCCUUUUACCAAGAAAUGCAGAAACCAAGAACAAACCCCAUGUACCAGAUCACUGAUUCCUACUGAAGCAGCUAGCCGGAGAAAGGACUCUCUCAUGUUGGGCUUGGGAAAUGACUUGGCAGCCUGAGCCGUCCCAGCAGUGGACAAGGAUGGUUAAUUCUUAUUCUCUAGACGUCCACAGGAACAGACUAGGAUGGAAAACGCAGUUAAGCACAGCCAUGCACCCUGUUCAUGUAGAAAUGCCCCUGUGUGAAAGAAAAAUAAAUUCAAGAUUGGAGUUUUGGAGGAAAAAAAAUACGAGUAGCAUUUACAACAGCUCUUUGCUCUUUAAAUUUCUUACCAUUCAAUAAAGUGAUCCAGUCACUUACAUUUGAA